AUGGUGCGUACGUAUAGAGUUGUUAGUUGUUUCAAAAUGCCGAAACGAUCGAAGGUAGUUCCAGCCCCGACUGGGGAAGGGGUGUUUACUAUAGAUAUGUCAUCUACAUCUACAUUAGAUAUAGCUACGGUAUCCGAUCAGCGAGUUCCUGUUCAAGUCGAGAUGCAGGCGCGUCACAGUUUAAUCUGGCACCUGCUGAUAGAUCUGCCGAUACUACUGCUGGUGGCAGCAGUAUGUAUACUCCUGGAGGUUGGAGCCAUUCCCAGCAGACGGAGCGGCUUCAGAUGCAAUGACCCCGACCUCUCAUUCCCUCACACGGGAGACACUCUCUCCAUAUCUUUGAUAGCAGCCAUUACAAUCAUUGUACCAUACCUUAUAAUAUGGGCGGUUGAGUCGACGCUUCAGUUAGACGACGAAUACACAAUCAAGCAAAACAAGCUGCUGACAAGCGCUAAAACCGCUGGAUUCAUCUACCGGGAUUAUAUAUACGCGGCUAUUGUAAAUCUUACUGUCUUGGAAGUUGUUAAAUGUGUCGUUGGAUCACCUAGACCGACCUUCUUUGAUUUAUGCAAGCCAGAUACAGCGAGAACAUGUAAUGGUUCGGACUACGUAAGCAGUUACACGUGUACAUCAACCCGUUACUCCCGCUACCUCCAGAUAGAUUCGAGCCGGAGUUUCCCAUCAGCGCACACGUCUCUGUCAGUCUACUGCGGUCUUUUCUUGGCUUGGUACCUUCAACGUCGAGCCUUCAGUUGGCACAGUCGGUCUGUGCUGGUGGUGCCGCUGCUGCAGGUUCUGUGCAUCAUCUACUCUGUGACCUGCCCAUUGACGAGGAUCACGGACCACAGACAUCACUGGUGGGAUGUACUGGCUGGUGCAUUCAUGGGGAUCGCUACUGUCAUAUAUACAGUAUUAGUGCUAUGCAAGAACUUCUCCCACCCUGAAGUGGUGAGCACCAGUGACAUUUCCAGCAGUGAUGGUAAUAACCACCAGUCUGUACGAAGACUGCUGGCCAGCGGACCGCGAGGAGUGGUGCCCUAG